AUGCUCUUUGCUCCUACCAUCCUCUUUGCCAUUGUGGCCGGUGUGUCUGCCCAGACCACCGCCUCCAACGACUACAUUGCCUACGAUGAGAUCGUUUCCAAGGCCACCCGAGCCGCCUCUUUCUCUACCAUUGACCCCAAGGCCACCGAGAUCGCCAAGGCUGCCGAGACCGCCGUCUCCAACUCGUUCAAGGACAAGCCCGUUGUCAAGGGUAAGGUCUUUGACAAGUUCUACCAGGUGUGGCUCGAGAACACUGACAAGUGGAAGGCUCAGGAUGAGCCCGGUCUUGUCGAGCUCCAGAAGCAGGGUAUCACCCUCACCAACUACUGGGCCCUUACCCACCCCUCCAUGCCCAACUACGUUGGUUCCGUUGGUGGUGACUACUUUGGUAUCUUCGAUGAUGCCUUUGUUCGAGUCCCCGAGAACGUGUCCACCGUUGUCGACCUGCUCGACUCCAAGAACAUCUCUUGGGGUGAGUACCAGGAGCACCAGCCUUACACUGGCUUCAAGGGUAUGAACUACUCCCGACAGUCCGACUACGCUCCUGACUACGUCCGAAAACACAACCCUCUCAUCAUCUACGACUCCGUUGUCGCCAACCCCAACAACCUGGGUUACAUCAAGAACUACACCGAGUUUGACAAAGACGUCAAGAACAAUGACCUCCCCCAGUGGGCCUUCAUCACCCCCAACAUGACCAACGAUGGCCACGACACUGAUAUCUCCUUCUCUGGCCAGUACGUGACCAACUGGAUCAAGCCUCUGCUCAACAACACCGACUUCUUCAACGAUAACCUCGUCAUCAUCACCUUCGAUGAGAACGAGACCUACGAGAAGCCCAACUCCAUCUUUGCCGUUCUGCUUGGUGGAGCCAUCCCUGAGCACCUGCGAGGAACCACCGACAACACCUUCUACGAUCAUUACUCCAACAUUGCCACCGUUGAGGCCAACUGGGAGCUCCCCCAUCUUGGACGACACGAUGUCAACGCCAACGUCUUCCAGUUUGUUGCCGAUGAGCUCAAGAUCCAGAACCACAACGUCUCCACCGAGGGUCUGUACCGAAACGCCUCCGAGCCCGGUUACUUCAUGGACAACACUCUUGCCAUCCCCGUUCCCGAUCUGACCGCCAUUGGUACCUCCGGCAACAAGAUUCUGCCCAAGAUCGCCCAGGUUUGGGGUAAGGCUGCUAACGCCUCCACUAACUCCACUUCCUCUGCCACUGCUGGCGCCGGCGCCACUGGAGGCAACUCUACCGCCCCCACCCUCACCCCCUCGAAUGCUGUCAAUGGAGCCACCCUCGCCACUCUUUCCGGCGCUGCUCUUGUCGGUGCCAUUGGCGCUCUUCUUCUAUAG